AUGAGUCCCCCGACGGAGGGACCCCCGCGGCGUAAGCGGCCCCGGCCGGUGGUGUCGUGCGGCAACAUGAAGAAUGUGCUCCUCCUGGCCGUGGUGUUGCAGGAGGGGGCCCUGCAAGCCCGGUCGGCGGGUCGACAGCAUCUGCUGCCCUCGGUGGCGCCACAGCCGUUUCCCGCUCACCUGGCGGAAUCCUCCGCCCUGGCGCUGGAGUUCAAUGAUUUCCAGGACGAGCUGUUCGGGCUCGAGGAUUCAGGAUCCAGGAUCAGGGCAGCGGCCCUCGUCGGCCUCCGUCGUCUCGGUGGAUCCGCAACCCCGAGCCCGAGCCCGAGCCCCAGGGUGAUGCCAUCGCAGGGGGGUGGGCCAAUUCACCCUGCGAUCUAUGCAGAGUCGGAGGGCAAGAUUGAAAAGUAUCUGCACGAGCCGGCCACGCAGUUCGACGAGGGGAAUGCAGCAGAAUCUGGACAAGCUUGCUUGAUGUAUCGGAUGGUGAUGGUGAUGGCAUCGAAACGAACGGGCAAAUCAGUCAUACAUAUAUGUUAA